GUAAGCAAUGUUGAAACAGCAGAAGGUGACAAAAAUUAUGGCCAUUUGUCGAAAUGUUUUCGAACCGAUUUUGAAGGCUCGAUGAUCUCUGGUGCACUGCAAGUUGCUGUGGAUGAUGUGAAUGCGGAUCCCGCAUUGCUUCCAAAGCAUAAACUUACAUAUAUUUUCAAUAAUACAUGUGGCGAUGAACUGCAAAGUUAG